UGCUUUUUGUGGUGCCCCUGCGCUCGGAGACUUACGGGAGCACCCGCGGGGGGGAGGUCCACGUGAUGCUCCUCCGGGGCGCCCCGCCCCGCGCCUGCGCAGUCGGCGGGAGCGGCCUAGCGCGAGGGUGGGCAGCGGCCUCGUGCGCGGCUGAGCCAUGGCGAAGAGCCUGCGGAGCAAGUGGCGGAGGAAGAUGCGGGCGGAGAAGAGGAAGAAGAACGCGCCCAAGGAGCUGGAGAGGCUGAAGAGCCUCCUGCGGGCCGACGCCGACGCCGUGAUGGAGGAGGUGAAGGAGGUGGCGGCCGUGCUGCCCCCCGCCGAGCUCCGCCAGCAGCAGGAUGACUGCAAAAUGGACAUAGGUAAUAAACGAAACAAAAAAACUUUCCUAGAUGAGCAUGGACAGUACCCAGUAUGGAUGCAUUCCAGGCAGAAAAAGAAGCUUAGGGCACAGCGCUUAAAAGAGAAAAAGAAAUCAAAGUUGGCCAAAGGCCGAGCCCGGUAGACUUGAAGAACUUUGUAAGAUCAUGAGUAUUUUACUUUCCAUAAUAAAUAUCCUAAACAAGUACACGAUGCUUCUGUAUUUGGCCACCGAGUAUGAUUUAUUUUGUUGCAUGAACCUUUGAAGAGACUGCUGGGCCUGCAAAUGAUGAAAGCAAUGCAAAAAGCAAGUGCCUUUGAAUAGACUUAAUGUUUGGUUAUAUGUUUUCUUGGGGAGGGGGGAGGGGGUGGGUGUCAUCUUUUAUUUUAUGGAUGCUAUAAAAAAAAAAAAAAAGCUGUAAAUGGUCUUGAACUGUUGUCAAUGUAAUUUUUUCUAUUAGUAAAUUUUACCAAAGAAUUCUGUAAGCUCACUGUAUCCUUUAAGUUCUGUAGAAUAACUUCUGUCAUGCUGAUCUGUGUUGCUUUAAACAUCUGGUGAUCAAUGAAAACAGCCUCUUAAUAUGUAACUUAAAAGAGAUUACACACUGAAGUCAACACCAAAGCUUCAUGAAACUUUCUUUUUAAAGUAAAAAUCAAGACAAAGUGUUGGCAUGACAUUUUUUUAAAAAAUCACAAAGAGAAAGUUGUUGAAACAAAGUUUUUCACUAUGCAACUGAAAUACAGUAGGAGCUAAGUAAUUGAAAGUAAAACUGUUUGAUUCGUUUCUCGUUAAUCUGAGUGAAUGCAAACGCACAGACUGAGGAAGAAGAUCUAAAACAUUUUCCAAGUUUUAUUAAAGUAAAUGAGGAUUUAUUUUUCUGCAUGUAUUUUCAGUAGCUUUAUAUUUCUCUUAAAAUGGCAGUAAUCUAUCAUGCUUUACAAUGUGGGCAUAGAAUAAAAUAUUGCAGGAUUGCGUAACA